ACUUCCAGGAUGCAGUAUAAAGGCAGAGACCGCUCCGCCAGAUUCAAACAACAGCUAGAGAAGGCAAAGGAAAAGGGGAACUGAGAAGAAUAAAGAGAACAUUUUAGCUUGCAAAAGGAUUUACUAGAAAGCGCUAAUCUCUACUUAGUAACAGACUUUUUUGAAGACAAAAUGAAGAGCAGCAGCGUUAUUGCCCUCUUUGUCAUGAUGUUUUUGACCUCCCUUACAAUCACCAGAGCAAUGAGCCUGAGGAGCUUAGGAGUGGAGCUACAUUGUCGCUGCAUACAGACUGAGAGCAGACCCAUAGGACGCCACAUUAAGAGUGUGGAACUGAUUCCAGCCAACUCUCACUGCCAAGACACUGAGAUCAUUGCCACCCUGAAAAAGGACGACGUGAAGGUUUGCCUUGACCCCAAAGCUCCAUGGGUGAAGAAAGUGAUUCAGAAAAUCAUUUCAAAUAAAGAGAAGGCAACAAGAAAAGAUCUCCCAAGCACCAACAUGCCACUCUUGGUCCAAUAAUGGGGUCACAAAAUGUUGAUCUACCUGAUGCUGAAAGCAAAAGCAUCAUCUUUCAGAAAUAGUUUGCAUCAAACGUUCUAUUUAUCAACCUACCAUUUGCUCUUUGUAGGCUGCAUACUGUAUCUACGCUGAUGUUUUUUUUUUUAUUAAUAUUUAUUUAUCUAUGUAUUUAUAAACUUUGUAUGCUUUCUAAUUGAAAUUCAAAUAAAAAGUUUGAAAUGAAAA